GGGAAAUUAAAUGGGUACGGUGUAUUAGUAAUUGAGCAGGUGGUUCCUGGCACAUUCUUCUGCAGUGCUUUAUUUAGUGUAAGGUUGUGCUUUGUGUUCUUAGUGCGGAGGUGAAUGCCUCAGAAGAAUGGACUCCCCGAUUGUGAAUUUUUACGCCGACAGGCGUGUCUUUAUUACAGGAGCUUCAGGUUUUAUGGGAAAGGUCCUCAUUGAAAAACUCUUGAGGUCCUGUUCGAAGCUGUCGGCGAUUUAUAUAUUAGUUCGUCCAAAAAAUGGCAAACAGUCCAAUGAAAGGUUACAGGACAUUAUAAAUUCACGGGUUUUUGACAAAGUGCGCAACCAGCCUAACAGCGAAAAGCUCUUCAACAAACUAUACUGCAUCAGUGGAGACACAACUCAAGCAAAUCUAAACAUAUCAAAUGACGACCAAAAAACUCUACAAGACAACGUCGACGUGGUAUUCCACAUGGCGGCAACUGUACGUUUCGACCAAACUUUAAAAGCUGCAGUAACUCAUAACACAGUUGGGACCAAAAACCUUCUCGACUUUCUUUGCACUUUCAAAAAACUGGCAGCUUUUGUCCACGUGUCAACUUCGUAUUGCCACUGCACCCACGUAGAACUCCACGAAAAAGUCUAUCAAGCGCCACACGAUCCACGAAAAAUUCUGGACAUGGUGACAUGGAUGGACGAUGACUUGUUAAAUUUCCUGACACCGAGGUUAAUACAAAAAUGGCCCAAUACUUACGCUUACAGCAAAUGUUUGACGGAACAGUUGGUGGUAGAAUACUCUUCGAAGAUACCGAUAGUUAUCGCUAGGCCUUCGAUUGUCACAGCAGCCUGGAAAGAGCCUUAUGCUGGUUGGGUAGAUAAUUUGCAUGGUCCCACGGGAUUGAUAGUGGGGGCAGGAAAAGGUGUGAUUCGCUCAAUGCACUGCAAUCCAGAUUUCGAGGCAAAUUUGGUGCCUGUGGAUUGUACCAUUAAUUCGUUAAUCAUCAUCGGUUGGAAGCUGGGUUCGUCACCUUCUAAUAAUGUUCAAGUAUAUCACUUAACCGCAAACAACGACAAUUCUAUAAGUUGGGGAAACGCUCUGCAGAUGGGAAGGAAGCACUUUUACGAUAAUCCCUUUAGUGUUUGUUUGUGGUAUCCAGGUGGUAGUAUUAAGUCGAAUUAUUGGUACCACAUGAUGUCAGUCAUUUUUUUACACAUAAUCCCUGCAUAUUUAGUAGAUUUUUUAAUGAUGCUGACUGGAAACAAACCAUUUUUAGUUCGUACCCAGAAGCGCAUCCAAGCUGGUCUUGAAAUCUUACAGUAUUACACCACCCGCCCUUGGUACUUUCACAACGACAAAUUCGCAAAUCUGUGGGAACAACUGACUGAGAAAGACAAGGAGAUAUUUUUUACAGAUAGAAUUAAAAUAAAUUUUAACCAGUACUUCCUAGAUUAUGUUUUGGGUGCUCGAAGAUUCUGCGUUCGCGAAGAACCCGACACUAUUCCUUACGCAAGAAAGGUUCUGAAGAGGCUUUAUUAUUUAGAUGUACUGAAAAAUAUAUUGCUAGGGUUGUUGUUUCUUUGGUUAUUUUCUUCAUACGCGUCAAUGUUUCUGACAAAAAUGGAAGCCCCUUUUCGGGCCAAUAAUAUCACAGAUUUAGGUUAAGUCAGAAAUUUUGCGUAGAUAAUUUUUGUGUCGGUGAAUGGGACAAUAAAAUAUUUUGCUAUAAAUAAUUAAUUUUAUUAUGUAACUCUCCUACUAAAAAAUGGAACAGAUACUUAACAUUGCAUAGAUGCAAUUAGUUCAAUGUUUUUUGAGUACUUCAUUUGCAUGAAUAAUAAAUUAAUAGCUAUACUGUUGCAUAACCGCAUUGUUCUAAACCAACAAGGUCAUUGCCAGAACUGGUAACAGUGUUUUCAUUUUACUAAUGUUUCAUAAUUUAUUGUAAUUUAUUAAGUUUUAUUUAAAUCAUUAAAUAUAUAUAUAACCUUGA